CUACACAACUACACAACUACACAAUUACACAACUAUACAACUACACAGUACAACUCUACAGCUAUCUCCAUGUACCUCAUCACUCCAUUCUGUAUGAGACCGUACUGUUGCAUUCCAUCGGUAAUGUGACUCUUCUGCUCUGUCUUGUACUGCCGCUGUACGAUAUACAUAUCCCCAAGCAUCACUAAUGCACCAUCGGACAUCCGUCGACAAGGGAAGCGUCCCCUUACCGCCCUGCUGCCUUAUUAAUUGACUUCCUUACUGCCAUGCACCUGGAGUCUCCUCAUCCGUUCCUUCCUCCGUCCCAUCAUCCCUUGGCUCCACUAGCAAGCCCCCCCGCCCGCCACUGACUUUGUUGACCUUCAUGCCAUCUUCGCCGAAACUUCCGAUUUCCCAUGACUCUUUUUAACAUCCCUCUAUCCUCCUUCAUUAUCCCAACUCACUCCUCUCACUCACUCACUUCCCUCUCACAAUAAUACCCUACUGGAAUCCAACAUCAUCUUAUUGUCCUCUCAUCCUCUCACACCACCUAUAACAUAUUGACAAAUUGACAUAUGAUCCUUGCCUACUUACCAGACAAGCUACAGCCAUUCCCCAAAGGCCUUUGAGAGGAGGACCAUUCCUAUUCACCUAACAAUACACACUGCCAAACAGCCACACAUGAGGACCUGUCCAGAAUUUACCAAGGCAGCCCCGGCUCUGUUGGUGCUGUUCUUUGCUCUCACGGUCUCUGCACACGGGGAUGAAACCCACAUGACUGCUGAUAUGGAUAUGGGCAUGACGACCGCUGGCGCUGGUGCGCCGUUGGGCACUCCAUCCAAUGGGACGCUGGAAGUGCCUCCCAGUUACUUCCGACACCCAGAAUACUCACAUUUGAUCCUCGCUCACAUUGCUCUGAUGACAAUUGCUUGGGUCUUUGUGCUUCCAAUUGCUGUAAUGCUCUCCAUUUCCCGCUCGAGACUGAACCUCUUAGCCCAAUCUGGCUUUUUUAUAAUAAAUAUGGGAGGAGUUAUACUUGCGAUGCUCUACAACAGCAGAACGCCGGAUUUAUACCCCCACAACGCGCACCACACGAUCGGAUGGCUGCUCACCUGGGUCACCGUUGCGCAGAUAUGCUUGGCACUGAUAACAGCAUCUGCCAGGCUGGGAGGAGAGAUCAGAAGCUCCGAGGAGCAACUACCCUUUAUGCAAAGCUCGGAGCAGUCUGUGGGAGGACAUCAAUGGGCAAACGGCGCAGAGAAUGCCCCGGGAUAUCGAUUCUCGGACGAUAGCGGGCAUGGAACGGAACAGAACGACGAAUCUCUCAGAGGCAACUCGUCUUCCUCAUUGGAAGAUGACCGAGAUGUCAUGAACGGUAUAAACCGGAAGUAUUACGAGGGUGAGGGUGAUAUACUAGCUCCGAGUUCAAAACGGAGCCGACAUGCGCUCAUGAAGAGAUUGCGUGCUGUUCUUGCAGGCAAAGUUCCUUUAUAUAUCUCUUCGCGCGUAACUGGUUUACUCUGUACACUCGAGUCUAUCAUCACACGCACGAUAUUGAUACAAGGGUUUGUGGCUAUAACCACUGGAGCUGUGACAUAUGCUGGAAUUUUUCGAGGAAGGGAUGUGUUUUCUGGGCUUGCCCAUUUCAUCAAGGGAGGAGUGUUCUUCUGGUACGGAAUAUUCACGUUAGGCCGCUGGGCCGGAAGCUUUGCAGACCGUGGUUGGGCUUGGAAUAUAAAACCUAGAACUUUUGGCAAGUCGGAAAACGCGAGCACCAUCUCUGCAGAAUUUGUGGAAAGCUUCCUUAUAUUCUUCUAUGGGUCUACGAAUAUAUUCCUAGAGCACCUGAAUGCGUGGGGCGAAGCAUGGAGCGCCCAGGACAUGGAACACAUCUCCAUCACAAUAAUGUUCAUUGGGGGAGGACUGUGCGGAAUGUUAAUCGAAUCGACUGGAAUCCGAAACCUGUUGAAUAUCAACACCCCGAAAAUUUCCCCUAAUAGGCCAGUUGACAGUCCAUCUACAGAAGGCGAAGACGAGGAACCAAGCUGGCAGCCCCCCCAAAGCUACAAGAUCUCGAUGAACCCCAUUCCGGCAUUGAUGGUGCUUCUCUUGGGGAUUAUGAUGAGCUCUCACCACCAAAGCUCGAUGGUCUCGACUAUGAUCCACAAACAGUGGGGAACCCUUUUGAUGGGCGCUUCCUUUGCCAGAGGGUUGACGUAUAUUAUUUUCUACUUGUCACCACCAACGUCAUUUUUGCCCUCGCGACCACCCUCGGAGCUCAUCACAGCUUUCUGUCUCAUGGCUGGAGGUCUUGUGUUUAUGGCUAGUAGCCGUGAUACGGUUGUAUCGAUGGAGUAUAAUAACCUGGAUGCCAUGUUUGUAUUCACUGUGACAAUGGGUCUCGUGAGCUUCCUCAUGGCAUGGAUCAUUCUCAACGUUGCAGUCAAGGGCUGGGCAUUACAGAAGGAGAGGAGGCGCAAUAGACUUUAGAUAAGCGGUAUGAUAUCCUUUUGCUAGUUUUUAGAUGCGGCGACGUGAUACCAUUUGUUUUAUUCUGGGGCGAUUUUGCGGGAAACCUUAAUUUAGUUCAUGGAGGAGAGGCGGGGGAUUAGCUAGUUAGUGCAGCUAGGUCUUAAUAAUGAAUAUGGGGAU